AUGGCUUUCUUCGUCCCCACAAUCACAGCGAGCAAGACCGACAACGAGUUCGGACCUGGUGUUUAUACCACUAGUUCAUUGCAGCAUGCUUUGAAAUACGUGACCAGACAAGGAGCUCUAAUGGUCUUUCAGAAUGCCGAUUUCCAGCACAUUAAGCUUUGGGAGCCUAGUGAAGAUGAUUGGCGCGUUAUCAUCCGCUCCUGGUCUGGGUUGCCUCCAUCAGAUGCAGCCAUACGAGUACCGGAACAAUGGAAGAAUGCCGACAUCAUCAAAGGUCCCAUCUCAUGCGCUGGAGGUAUACCAGAGCCAGCUCGGGUACCUGGCCCAGACGCGCAAGUGGUUGGCGUCAGUUACGCAGGUUGCGCAGCAUUGGCGGCCUCCUUGAAGAUGAUCAUAUGGUUUGAGUAA